AUGAUGACCAGGGACGUGCUGUUAGACCUGGAGCUGGACGAGGAGGACGACGAGGAUGGAGAUAUCGUGUUGGAAAACUUCGGUCAGAUGGUUGGCUCCAGCUUUGGAACUCAGGAAAGCCAGCUUGACUUCCGAUCCCCGGAAUUUGAAGAAUUUAACGGGAAACCCAACUCACUCUAUUUUAAUGACGGCCAGCGAAGAAUCGACUUUGUUCUAGUGUAUGAAGAUGAGAGUAGAAAAGAGAACAAUAAAAAGGGUUCAAAUGAAAAACAAAGGAGAAAGAGACGAGCGUAUGAAUCUAACCUCAUCCAUGAUGGCCUGCACCUAGAAGCAACCAGAUCGGUCUUGGAUGACAGGCUGGUGUUUGUGAAGAUCCAUGCCCCGUGGGAGGUGUUGUGUACAUACGCGGAGUUGAUGCACAUCAAACUGCCCCUGAAACCCAACGAUCUGAAGACCCGCUCUUCGGCCUUCGAUAACUUCAACUGGCUCGGCAAAGUCCUCCAGGUGGAUGAGAGCAUCAUCAAGCCAGAGCAGGAGUUUUUCACGGCCCCCUUCGAGAGGAGCCGGAUGAAUGAUUUCUAUAUUCGUGACAAAGAGACCUUCUUUACCCCCGCCACCAGAAGCCGCAUUGUUUACUUCAUCCUCUCUCGAAUCAAGUAUCAAGUAAGCGACAACGUUAAAAAGUUUGGAAUUAACAAACUUGUGAGCUCCGGGAUCUACAAGGCAGCAUUCCCUCUCCACGAUUGCAACUUCAGCUACCCGUCCGAGGACUUCACCUGCCCCAACGAGCGGUACCUCCUGUACAGGGAGUGGGCGCAUCCUCGGAGCAUCUACAAAAAGCAGCCCUUGGACCUUAUCAGGAAAUAUUAUGGAGAGAAGAUUGGAAUCUAUUUUGCGUGGCUGGGCUAUUACACUCAGAUGCUCUUCCUGGCAGCAAUAGUGGGCGUGGCUUGCUUUCUCUACGGAUAUCUGAAUCGAAAUAACUGCACGUGGAGCAAAGAAGUCUGUGAUCCUAAUAUUGGUGGCAACAUCAUAAUGUGUCCUCAGUGUGAUAAGCUUUGUCCAUUCUGGAAGCUCAAUAUUACUUGCGAGUCCUCACAGAAAUUGUGCAUCUUUGACAGUUUUGGAACCCUAGUCUUUGCAGUAUUUAUGGGAGUCUGGGUUACCUUGUUUUUGGAGUUCUGGAAGCGGCGCCAGGCAGAGCUUGAGUACGAAUGGGACACGGUUGAGUUACAGCAAGAAGAACAGCCCCGGCCGGAAUAUGAGGCCCGGUGUACUCACGUGGUGAUAAAUGAGAUCACUCAGGAAGAAGAGCGGGUUCCCUUCACUACCUGGGGAAAAUGCAUACGCGCCGUCGUCUGCGCAAGUGCUGUCUUAUUCUGGAUCCUAUUGAUCAUCGCUUCAGUCAUUGGGAUCAUCGUCUAUAGACUCUCGGUGUUCAUUGUGUUUUCUGCCAAACUUCCCAAGAACCUGAAUGGAACAGACCCAAUCCAGAAGUAUCUGACCCCACAGACAGCCACAUCCAUCACCGCUUCCCUCAUCAGCUUCGUCAUCAUCAUGAUCCUCAACAUGAUCUAUGAAAAAGUGGCGAUCAUGAUUACCAAUUUUGAGCUCCCACGGACCCAGACCGAUUACGAGAACAGCCUCACCAUGAAGAUGUUCUUGUUCCAGUUUGUCAACUACUACUCCUCGUGUUUCUACAUCGCCUUCUUCAAGGGCAAAUUUGUAGGUUAUCCCGGAGACCCAGUGUACUGGCUGGGAAAAUACAGGAAUGAAGAGUGUGACCCAGGUGGCUGUCUCCUUGAACUGACAACGCAGCUGGCAAUCAUCAUGGGAGGAAAGGCAAUCUGGAAUAACAUACAAGAGGUGUUACUUCCCUGGGUCAAGAAUCUAAUUGGUCGAUGCCGCACGGUUUCGGGUUCGGAAAAGAUAACCCCGCGAUGGGAACAGGACUACCAUCUGCAACUCAUGGGAAGACUGGGACUAUUUUACGAGUAUCUUGAAAUGAUUAUUCAGUUUGGCUUUGUCACCUUAUUUGUGGCCUCUUUUCCACUGGCCCCUCUGUUGGCUCUGGUGAACAAUAUAUUGGAGAUAAGAGUGGACGCGUGGAAAAUGACUACCCAGUACCGACGCAUGGUGCCAGAAAAAGCCCAGGACAUCGGAGCGUGGCAGCCCAUCAUGCAAGGAAUCGCAAUUCUGGCUGUGGUGACCAACGCAAUGAUUAUUGCUUUCACGUCAGACAUGAUCCCCCGCCUGGUGUAUUACUGGUCCUUUUCUGUCCCACCUUAUGGAGACCACACCCAAUUCACCAUGGUGGGAUACAUCAACAAUACUCUCUCCAUCUUCAACAUCGCAGACUUCAAAAACAGAAGCAAGGGAAAUCCAUACAUUGGGCUUGGUAACUACACCACGUGCAGGUAUCGUGAUUUCCGGUACCCUCCCGGGCACCCUCAGGAGUAUAAACACAACAUCUACUACUGGCACGUGAUCGCGGCCAAGCUGGCUUUCAUCAUCGUCAUGGAGCAUGUCAUCUACUCUGUGAAAUUCUUCCUGUCAUAUGCAAUUCCAGAUGUAUCGAAAAGCACGAAGAGCAAGAUCAAGAGAGAAAAAUACCUAACCCAAAAGCUUCUUCAUGAGAAUCACCUCAAAGACAUGACCAAAAACAUGGGGGUUAUAGCUGAGACCAUCAUGGGAGCAGCAGAUAACCAUUUACGACCCAAAUUAGAAUAA